GGGGGCGAGGGCCCCGGGGGCAGCACGGCCUAUGUCGUGUGUGGGGUCAUCAGCUUCGCCCUGGCCGUCGGCGUUGGCGCCAAGGUGGCCUUCAGCAAAGCGUCGCGCGCGCCCAGGGCGCACCGGGAGAUCAACGUGCCCAGGGCUUUGGUGGACAUUCUGAGGCACCAGGGGGGCCCUGGGACCCGCCCGGACAGAGCCCGAAGCAGCUCCCUGACCCCAGGGAUCGGGGGUCCCGACAGCAUGGGCCCCAGGACACCCAAAAACCUCUACAACACCAUGAAGCCAUCCAACCUCGAUAACCUGCACCACAACUACCUGCACCUCAACGUCAGCAGCCCCACGCACCACUCUGCCACGCUGGACUGGCGCGCCGUUCCCCCACCCAGCCCCCCGCUGCACUAUUCCACGCUGUCCUGCUCCCGGUCCUUCCACAACCUUUCGCACCUGCCCCCCUCCUACGAAGCGGCUGUGAAGUCGGAGCUGAACCGAUACUCCUCCCUCAAAAGGCUGGCCGAGAAGGACUUGGACGACGCGUACCUGAAGCGGCGGCCUCUGACCGAGGGACCCCGCGGAACGCUGCCUCUGCACGCAUUGCGGCGCCCGGGAACCGGGGGCGGAUACCGCACCGACGCCUGGGGACCCGAGCCGCUGGGUCUGGCGCCCGCGCCACACCCGCGCCGCGUGAUGUCGCAGGAGCACCUGCUGGGCGACGGCGGCCGCUCGCGCCACGAGUUCACGCUGCCGCGCGCGCGCCUGGUGUCGCAGGAGCACCUGCUGCUGUCGUCGCCCGAGGCCCUGCGCCAGAGCCGCGAGCACCUGCUGUCGCCGCCGCGCAGCCCCGCGCUGCCCCCCGAGCCUGCGGCGCGCGCCGGCCUGGCCGCCUCACACUCCAACCUGCUGCUCGGGCCCGCGGGGCCGCCCACCCCACUGCACGCGCUGCCCCCCGCCGGCCUGCACGCGCCGCUGCACCACCACGCGCUGCACGGCUCCCCGCAGCCUGCUUGGGCCGCCGAAGGCGGGGGGACGCUGGCGCGGCGCGCGCCCUUCCAGCGCCAGGGCACGCUGGAGCAGCUGCAGUUCAUCCCGGGCCACCACCUGCCGCAGCACCUGCGCACCGCCAGCAAGAACGAGGUGACCGUGUGACCCCUGCUCCCGGACGUCAGCGCCGCGGAGGAGGAGGCUGCACACGACGUACCGGCGAUGGGGGCGGGGUCCUGCCCUGCGGGGUCACUGCAGGAAGGACGCCGCCUUCCCAUCCUGUCAUCACCGAGGACCCUGCUGCCUCUGCGGGUGUCACUCAUGCUGUGUCCGCUUCCUGUGGCGCCACCACGAAGACCCCUGCCUGUGGUGUCACCGACAACAAUGCCUUGUCCCAUAACAUGGUCCCCAGAGACAAAGAUCGCCUCCUCUGAUGUCACCUCCGAGGCAGUCUCCCACUCCGAGGUCAUCUUUGGCCCAAGACCUCCGAGCACCAUACGCACAGAGAAUCGGUUUCUUCCUGUGUCCUCCAUGGAGAGGAUGCCUCCACCCAACGCUGUCACUGCUCCAGUCAAAGCCAUCUCCUGGGGACACGCUGUGGGGAAAAGCCCUGCAACUGCGUCCUCACCUGUGACGUGGCCUCCUUUCCACGACACGAUCACAGGACUCUGCCUCCCCCUCCCCAUGAUGCCAUCGCCAGAGAAGGUGCCUUGCUUGCCCCGUGAGGCCAUCAGAGGGACCAGCCUCCUGGGAUGUAACCAGAGGUGACAGUCUGCUUCUGGGACCCCUGCGGGGAACUAC